AAAGCUUCUCACGCCUCGCCGUGAUUUCGCCAUGAAGCGCCGGGUGAAUACCUUGGCCUCCUCCACAGCCAAGAAAUCUCGGCACUGGCGGGAAGAGGAGGAAGAGGACGCGGGUCCCAGCGACGGUGUUGGGGUGCCCUUGCCCGACAGCGACGAUGAGAAGCCACCGCCGCCGCAGGCACCUGCAAGCUCGCCCAGCGGAGUGGGUGCGCCCAACCCAGUGGUGUGGCUUGAAAUCCAGGUGGCUGAUAAAUCGCGGGGACGACUGCACUUCGAGCUCUUUCAGGACUUGGCGCCCAAGGCCUCCGAGAGCUUCCGACAGCUGUGUUUGGGGCACCGCGCAGAUUCCAAGACCGUGAGCUAUGCCGAGACCGCUGUGGACGUGGUGUAUGCCGGUCGAUAUUUGACGGCUGGAGACAUCGACGCAAGCCUUCCGUUCGACGGAGUGGAAAGUAGUUGCGACUUGAAGCAUGCCAAGGCUGGUUUGCUGACGAUGCCAUUUGGCAGUGCCAGCUUCUACGAUCCGCGUUUCCAAAUCACCCUAGGCCCUGUGAAGGAACUGGAUGGAAAGCAACUCAUCUUUGGCCAGCUUCUGGGCACGCCAGGCUGCAGCUUGCAUCCGUUGCAUUGGGUGGAGGUGAUGGGGACACCCAACGGCACGCCACGUGAGGAGAUUGUGAUCAAGGCAUGUGGGGAAUGUAGUGCCGAGGAGUGCCAGGUUCUCCUGGGUGCCAUGGUCAUGGCGGCCCAAAUGGAUCGGACGCCGGAGAGUCAAGUGGAUCGAUUCGGGCGCACAGGUCACACACAUGGUGAACUUGAAGAUGCUGUAACGCACGAGAAUCUGACGCACGUCUUGGAGCUGACCGAAGACUUGCUGGGCCACCUGGAAUGGGCCUGCAAGAAGAACAUGGGCAGCGAGCGCGACCGCAGGGCGGGGCUGUUCGAGGCACAACUGAAGUCCCUGACGAAGGCACUGAAAAAGGUGGAGUUCAAAGCAGGAGACAUCAAGGGCUAUGAAAACCGUUUGGCCUUGGAUGCCAAGAGCCAACUUGGCCGGGCGAAAGAUUUAGAAGAGUCUUUGGUGCGGGUAUAUUAGGCGGCCGCAUCGCCUGUGACGCUCCGCUAAAAAUCUUGCAGCACCUCGCGUGAGCUGGG